AUCUCCCAUUUAUUUUUUCUUGUCAUUCUGCUACGCCGCUACCUCGAAGAUGGGCCUACAGAGCGACGAGAAAGGCGAUUCGUAUCCUCUAAUCGAGCCCCGGAGUCAUGACAUGCAUGGCGGCGCUACCUUCGCCAUCAUUGUCACCACUCUGGUUGCUGUAUCUGGCUCAUACGUUUUCGGGACAGCGAUUGGAUAUUCAUCACCUGCUCAGUCUGGCAUCAUGACUGACCUGGCUCUUACUGUAUCAGAGUAUUCAGUGUUUGGGUCAGUAUUGACAAUUGGAGCAAUGAUUGGAGCUAUUGUGAGCGGAAAACUGGCAGAUUAUAUUGGUAGAAGAGGUACAAUGGGCUUUGCAGAGAUCUUUUGCCUCUCGGGAUGGUUGUUUAUAGCAUUCUCUAAGGUUGCUUGGUGGUUGGAUAUGGGGCGAAUGCUCGUAGGAUUCGGAAUGGGAGUUAUCUCUUAUGUGGUUCCUGUGUUCAUAGCAGAAAUAACACCAAAGGAACUUCGAGGAGCAUUUACGACAGUUCAUCAGUUGAUGAUAUGUUUUGGUAUUUCUCUCACAUGGCUGAUUGGAGCUUUCCUCAACUGGAGGACUCUUGCCCUAAUUGGAGCAAUUCCUUGUCUAAUACAACUUUUAGGGCUUCCCUUCAUUCCAGAGUCUCCUAGAUGGUUGGCAAAGAACGAUCGAGCAUUAGAUUGUGAAGCUGCUCUCCAACGUCUUAGGGGGAACAGUAAAGAUAUUUCUGCAGAAGUGUUAGAGAUUCAAGAGUAUACAGAAUUGCUUAAACAGCUCCCUGAAGCAAGUGUUCUUGAGUUAUUCGAAAGGCAAUAUACACGUUCUAUCAUUGCAGGAGUCGGCCUUAUGGCACUCCAACAAUUUGGAGGGGUUAACGGCAUUAAAUUCUAUGUAAAAUCAUUGUUCACAACAGCUGGGCUUUCUGGGAAUAUUGGGACUAUAUCAUUGGCUGUUAUUCAGAUAUUAAUGACUUCUGUUGGUGUAGUUUUGAUGGAUAUAUCAGGACGCCGACCACUUUUGAUGAUUUCUGCAGCUGGAACUAGCUUGGGUUGUUUGUGUGUGGGAUUAUCGUUCCUCUUUAAGGAUCUCCAACUAUGGCAAUCUCACUCUCCCUUGUUGGCUUUUGUCGGUGUACUGACGUUCGAGGGAUCUUUCUCGUUGGGCAUGGGAGCAAUUCCUUGGGUCAUAAUGUCAGAGAUAUUUCCUAUAAACGUGAAGGGAUUGGCAGGCAGCUUGGUUACAUUAGUGAGUUGGGUAGGUUCUUGGAUUGUCUCAUACAGUUUCAAUUUUCUUUUAAACUGGAGCUCUGCAGGUAUCUUUUUCAUAUUCUCAACCAUAUGUGGCUUCACUGUUUUGUUUGUUGCAAAGUUUGUGCCUGAAACAAAGGGCAAAACUUUGGAAGAAAUUCAAGCUGCCAUGAACCCUCUCUCUACCAAAAGUUGAUUUUUUUGUUGCUUCAUUUAUAUGAAUCCUGUUUCUUAGCUUCAAUUUAGAAAAUGGUUUACUUUC